AUGAACGGCUACCCGACCCACUCGUUCUCACAGCUGACUGUAGACCCCGCAAAGUUCGUCUACCACCCCACCCCGCAACGGUCCCCGUUGACUAAGCAAGUGGAUCAACUUGAAUAUUAUAUUCCCCAAAAUAAAUACGCCAAGAACCCGUGGAGUUAUGCGCCCGAGUUCCUGAAGGUCUUCACGGAUGUCAGAGUGCCGGAGGGCGGAAAGGCGGUGUUCGAUUGUGUUCUUCUUGGAUCUCCGAGGCCCAGGGUAAGGAGAGUUUUCACUGUAGCGGGAAGGGAAUUUAUCGUAGUUGUUUAUCAUGGAUUUUAUGGAAAUUUGGAGCUGUUUUUUUAUAUCGGACAAGUAAAAAUCAUUGAAAAUUUUAAGCUGCGUUUUGCGGGCGCCGCCGAAAAAAUAAACUUGGACCUAUUACACGAAGAAAUGGGACAGUUUCCAUGCCAAAAUUCACUGGCAAAAUUGACAAAGGCCCCAAAUUUUUCGCCAAGAAAAUCACCUUCUAAAUCGCCGCCAAUUUUUGCGUGGAAAGAAAUUCCGAAAACGCUCGGAUUCCAGUAGAAAAUUUGAGGAGGGUUUUCAUUCCAAAACUUGCAGAAAAGUAUUGAAUUUGUCUUUUGCAGGGACAGCCGAGAUUUUGAACAACCUCAAAAUUUCGCGUGAAAAAAAUUGUUUUUUUACGGUAUAUAUACCGCGGUAGAAAAUAGGCAUGAAAUUUUUCAUGACAAAACUUGCAAAAAUGUGUCACAUUUCAUUUCUUCCAGCUUUUGACCUAAAAAAUAUCGGUCGUUUCUGCAACGCGCGAGCUUGUAAGCUCGCCGAAAAUUGAUCCUAAAUUUGUGUCCUUUCUAUCAAAAUUUGAGCGUCGCAGUUCAACCACUUCCCUUGUUAUUCACACUUCAAUAUAAACCUCUCUUCUCCAGGUCUGUUGGCUCUUCAACGACGAGAAACUCACCAUGGAAGACGUCAUUGUUGAGGACACUGCCGACUUGUGCCGAAUAACCAUUCCAUACGUCCAGUCCUAUCAUUACGGAACGUAUACGGUGCUCUGUGAGAACGAGGUGGGCAGAGCCAUCACGAGCGCUUCACUACUCCCAUUUUAUGCUGAUUACUAACUAAAAUUAGUCAUUGUAAAUUCUUGGUUUUUCGCGAUGAGUUUUUGCUAAUAAAUAUGAGCACAACUUGUGUCAAAAAGAAGAGUUUGAACAUGUCUUUGCACUGUGCGGUUGGGAUCGCAAGGUGGCUUUGCGCGAUGAACAAUCGGCACGGUGCGAAUGAAGAACGCACUGUGAAGUUUCGGGAGCGAUUGGAAAGCGCACUGUACGGUUUCCGAAGCGAUGGAAAAACGCACUGUGCGGUUUCGGAAGCACUUCAAAAACGCACUGUGCAGUUCUCGUUACUAGUCAGAUGCGCACUGUGCAAUUUCUGGACCGAUUGAAUAACGCACUGUGCAGCUUCUGGAGAGAUUGGAAAACGCACUGCGUUGUUUCUGGGGUGAAUGAAAAACACACUGUGCAGCUUCUGGUGCGCUUACAAAAGGCACUGUGCGGUUUCCGAAGCGGCUGAAAAACGCACUGUGCAGCUUCCGAAGAACUUAAAAACGCACUGUGCAGGUUUCGUUACUGGUCAAAAGCGCACUGUGCAGUUUCUUGGGCGAUCGAAAAGGCACUGAACAGUUUGCGGGGCGAGUAAAAAACGGGCUGUGCAGUUUCUGGUGCGAAUGAAAAACACACUGUGCAGUUUCAAGAGGUCCUUAGUAACGCACUGUGCAGCUUCCGAUGUGACUAAAAAACGAACUGUACAGUUUCUGGAGCUCUUUAGCAACGCUGUGCAGUUUCUGAUGUGAGUGAAGAGAGCACUGUGAAAUUUUCGAAGCGAUUGAAAAGUGACUGUGCAUUUUCCGAAACGAUUGGAAAACGCGAACGACGAGGCGACACAUUUGCCGCGACCAACCCACAUUAUUUUCCCGACUGACUAAUAGUAAAAGUAAACUAGAGACUGUAAACCGGCUUAUACACAUUGUAAUAAUACUAAUAGUUUCCUGAAGUGACGUCGCCGAAACAAACACCGACUACAUGUGCUUUAGGGGGCCUUAAUGGUUUCACAGAAUGAAAUUCAACCGACCUCAGAUUAGCCGGCUGAUGCGACGCGGGCUGUUUUUGCGGUUUUCAGCCGGUCUUUUCGAAACAUUUCCCAACUAAAUUCAACCCAUGUUAUAGUAGAUUUGUAAGGCUACUAUAAGUGAGAAUUUCACAGGCGGGAAUUUUAGAAUAUGGCCAAGGUAAUCAGCACUCUCCUGGCGCUCUGUUUCCUCCACCACGUGAAGGCGCAAUGUAAUGGGACCGGAAUUUGGUCCGAGUGGCUGUCGUAUGGGAGUUGCGCCGAGCAAACGGACGGGUCGUUCGCGAUGGUCCGAUAUCGCGAUUGUGACCCGUUGCCGUCGGGUUGCAUCGCUGAUUCGCCGUACAUUUGCAAGUAGGAGUUUGAGGAGCGGGAUAGGGGAAGUGGUCCAAGUGCGACGCUGAGAUUUUGAUUAAACAUGGCACAAAUUUAGAAUAUCUUUUGUGAAGAAUUAUGCGACAUUUCUCCUGCUACGUCUUUUUCAAAAUUACCCAGAUUUUUUGCUCGCGGCUCACAGUGCCUUUUGCCUUUAUUGGCGACGGGCCUUUCUAUCAGUCUGUCGGGAAAAUAGUGAGCACAAGUUUUUUCUCUGACCACUCUCCGCGUUUUGCGCCCUCUCUCAGCUGCCCUUGUAAAAAGCCAAAAUUUUCGAGAAUUGCCGAGAAGUCCGAGCGUCGCACUUGGAACCAGAGAUUGCCACGGCUCCGGAGCCGGCUCUUGGCUCCGGCUCUGGGCGGCUCCGGCUCCGAGACGGGAGCCAAAGCCGGAGCCGGAAAUUUUAGGGUCGGCUCCGGCUCCCGAGCCCAAAGUCGGAGUCAGGUUUCCCAGCGGUCAGAAAAGUAAAAAUUUCAUGAUUAUGUUAAAUCAAAUUGCUUGAAAAAAACACUGCGGAGGAUGCGACUUGACUGCAAAAACGUUGGCUGUAUGAUCUCUGGCACUAAUAACUUUUAUUUUUGGAAAAAUAUUUUUAAAAAAACAUUUUGCAUAGGAGCCGGGAUUCGGAGCCGACGGCCUUUCUAAAUUUUGCACGGAGCCAAGAGCCGGAGCCUGAGCUGCAAAUUUGGCCUCGGCUCCGGCUCUGGGCGCUAAGAGCCGGAGCCGGUGCCGAAAUUUUGACCGUGGCAAUCUCUGCUUGGAACCCAUCUUUGGAAUGGACGCCUGUUAUUUAUAGUGAAUUUUUAAACUUGAAUACUUUUAGCGGCGAGUUCUCAUCGAGUAUGUCUUGCGGUAAGUCAUUAAAAAACCAGUUUCUCUUCAGCAUUUUAAAUUAAUCUCAGUGUGUCGGGAAAAUAAUGAGUACAAUGUCGCUGGAUUGAAAAGCAAUUUUAUUUUGCCGCGAGACAAUUUAUUUCCUCGGCGGUGAUGCGAUUUUUGAUGCGACAGAUUGCUCAUUAUUUUCCCGACAGACUAAUAAAAGUUUAACUCUUUCUUUUGUAGACGGCACAAUCUCCUCGACAUUGACAUCAUUGUCAUCUUCAUCCCUCGCCACAACCGUUGUGAUUUCGACUAGAAGAAGAACCACUCUCCCUGUUCCAACGACCAUUCAUACUUCAACGUCGACUCUUCAUACGUCAACUCAUGCAGCGGCACCGACCCGAACUCGAACUUCAACGUCUACUUCCACCACCACCACUACUACUCCUGCUCCUACAAGUACGCCAGCCGCAGUAACUACUCCAGUCGCAAUAACUACGCCAGUCGCAACAACCAUUCCAGUCGUAUUAACCACUCCACUUGCUACAACUUCGACGGCCGCUCCAACCCUGCCUAGUGGAAAUAAUCUUCCCUCGUGCUCGUGGGCCGACUGGGGAGCCUUCAGCAGCUGCACGGACACUUGUGGAAUGUGUGGAACACAGCAGAGGUUCAGGACUUGUUCGAGCACAACUUGCACUUGCUCUGGGUAAGCGAUUAUAAGAGGGUUUUGGGCAAAGACCUCAAAAUGUCUCCGCACUCUUGAAAAAGCGUAAUAGUGCUAGUCGUGUCGGGAAAAUAAUGAACACAAUGUAGCUGCGCCGAUCGUGCUUCUGAAAAGGAAAGUACUUUUAUGGGGGCUCCUACUUUUUGACCGGACAUAUCUCAAAAAAUCAGAAAAAAUGUGCUGAUCAAGGAUAUAUAAAUCUUAGCUGCCCAUUUUAGGUUUUUAGGGGUGAAAACUCAAUCGGAAGUUGACUUAAAGUCCUAUAUGAACCCCUUUUCGCUUAAUUUUUCACAGGUUUACAAUUUUUAUUUUGACUUAAAAUGAUGUUUAUUGACUUUCUAAGACGUAAUAAAUCAGUCUUGGCACAAAAAUUUAUUUUUCCGACCUUCAUCUUCAAAAAAAGUUGAUUCGGCCCAAAAGGGAUAUCGAACCCGUGCGGCGUUCCCCCUUUGAUUCGCAGACUACGGCACUAGCCACUCGGCCACACCGCUCUCUUACGAAGGAAGAGACCGAAUGCGCUUUUUAUCGUUUCGAAUGCCUGCACCUUUUGUAGGGAAAUUAAGCCAGUUUUUGGGCAUUUUCACCUAUAAAAACCUAAAAUGGGCAGCUAAGAUUUAUAUAUCCUUGAUCAGCACAUUUUUUCUGAUUUUUUGAGAUAUAUCCCGUCAAAAAGUAGGAGCCCCCAUAAAAGUACUUUCCUUGUGAAGUGAAAAGCAUUUUUUUUCCCGCGACAAUUCAAAGGCGAUGCAAUUUUCGACACGACAGAGUGCCCAUUAUUUUCCCGACAGUAGAUAAAAUUAUUGAUGAUUUUCAGGUCAGCAUUUGAGAAUGUGGCCUGCGGCAGUAUGGUCUGUCUCUAUCCGCGCUCCAGUUGCUGUACCGGCUAUUCUCCCACCUCUAAUGGGUCCGCCUUUGUCUGUCAAAGCACCACUACCACCGGAUAA